GUCACUAUUUUGCGACCAUUAAAGGGCAUAGACUGCAAUCUCGAGCAAAAUCUAGAAUCGUCUUUUUUGCAAGACUACCCCAAUUUUGAAAUUAUAUUCUGUGUUGCUUCUGAAAGUGAUCCAUGUAUUCCUAUCGUGCGGAAGCUGGCCGCUAAGCAUCACCAAAUUUCGUGCCAACUGAUCAUUGGCGACGAAAACGUUGGUGUUAAUCCAAAAGUCAAUAAUUUAAUCCGAGGAUAUAAUCUAGCAAAAAGCGAUAUUGUGUGGAUUUUGGAUUCAAAUGUCCAAAUGGAUCACGGUGCUCUUAGUAGAUCGGUAGACUUGUUAUGCCAGCCUGGUGUUGGCUUGAUUCUACAUCUUCCUUGCGGCGUUCGCUCAUCAUCCUUUGGAUCGCUUAUGGAUGCAGUGUUUUUAAACUGCACACAUGCACGCAUGUUUUCUACCAUUAAUCGUCUCAACGUAGCCUCGUGUGUUAUUGGAAAGUCAAAUUUAUUUCGUCGUUCAGAUCUAGAAGACUACGGCGGGCUGGCAAACUUUGGUCAGUAUAUGUCAGAAGACAACAUGAUUGGCAUGGCAUUGAUGAACAAGGGAUACUGCCAUAAAGUUGCACCUGAUUUGGCAUACCAAUCACUUGGAUCAUCCACCUUGAAAGAUUACUUUAGUCGACGUGCAAGAUGGACACGGAUACGCAAGUAUGCAGUAGCAGCUGCGACAAUGUAUGAGCCAUUUACAGAGUCUUUGAUGGCAGGGCUGACUGCUGGAUGGGCUUUCCAACGUGUAUUGGGAAUUUCUUUUUGGCCUUUUUUUAUUUUUAAUUUUGUGGCUUGGUUUGUAUCUGAUACAUUUGUAGCAUGGGUGGUACAUCCUAGGAACCAGCGUGGUGGUGGAUGGACAGAUUUCCGUAUGUUUGCUUUUGCAUGGUUGGUGCGUGAACUUUCUGCAAUUCCAGUGUACAUAUGGGCCAUGUCAGGUAGCACAGUUGAAUGGCGAGGCAGUAGGUUUUACUUGCAUACAGAUGGAACAGUUGAGCCAUUAAAACAUGGACACGGACCCAAGCGGCCUAUUGGUACACUGCCUAGCAUAAGCGGGCCUUCACUACAUAAAAAGAGCAAGUUUAGUUCCUCAACUGGCCCAGCUACAGUAUCGUCUCUGGGUCUAUCUUCCUCGUCAAAAUCGAGUAUCUCAUUCAACACAUUAAAUCAGUCCAGUGCGGCAGAUCCGCCACCAAUAGAUACUCGACCUCGGUAUUGCACACAAUCCAUGAGUUUAGCAGGAUCUAUGACGGGAACUUUGAUUGGAUCAGCACCUCGACGUAGUGAUACUGUUGAUAAGGUUGCAGCGUUGUUGUCCCCUACAAGACGAAAUGUGACAGCUGUAUCUAAAUCACCUUCAUCAGCAGCAGGGUUUAUAGCACCUACACUAGCAAUAAUAUAA